AGCACGUGCAUAUUUUACGAAGCGUUCCAUUAAAAACUCAAACUGUAUACAUUUUUCGUUGCUUAUAUUAACAUACGUUCAUUCAAAUAGUUUUGUUGUAAGCGUAUUUUACUGAAAUGAACAGCUCCUCCCAGAAUGUAUUUUCUUCAAGAGAAUUCAAAUCUCCUCAGUGGAGCAAAGCAAUGCCUCAUGACGUUUCAACAAACAGUCGAAAUUCUCUUCCUCAAGCCCGAUCUCUGUUCUCUCGUGGACUCAUUGCCACUUCAGACCAUCCCCAAUCCUCAGUUGUUUGUCUGCGCAAAAGUGUGAUAGCUAUCGUUUGUUUCAUCAUCCUAACUGCACUUGCCUUUUUCGCAACUUCAGCGUGGCAGCUGCUACCUCAAGCUCGUCAUUUGGACAUUUUACAAAUUCAAACAAGCAAUUUCUUCAUAUUUAUUAUCAUUCUCGGCAUAAUUUCCUCGUGUUUCAUGAUAGCUUUUGCUUGUAUGAGUUUUUUCAUGGCUGCGAAAGUUGAGAGCCAGUUAUAUCUUUUCCUAUUCGGAUGUUUGUCCGGCGGUCUCAGUUGUAUUUCGCUGCUCCUCGUGAUUUCUUGCAUUGCAUUCGGUUCUCAGAUGGAUAUAUUUGUAGAAAUCGACAUGAAGCACAUCGUGCUGCGCAAUUAUGCAGGGGAAAAUUCACGCCAGCAAAUCAGCGUGGCUGUAAACACUCUUCAAUUAGGAGUAGGCUGUUGUGGAGUUGACAGCUACAAUGAUUGGGCAUCUAGCACCUGGUCUCAAAAUAGCACCGUUGCCCUUUUCAUUUCAUCAAACACAGACAUCAAUGGCAAUUCCAACAACCAAUUGUGGCCAGCUACUUGUUGCAAACUAUCCGAUGACACUUCUGAAGAUUACUUUGAUGAUGGAAAUUUAGACCCGACUGACGAUGAGAUCCGAGAAUGUUAUUCCGAACACCCCCUACCUUCUGAGAACCUCAACACCAAAGGAUGUUUGGGGGAACUUCUCUCAAUACUAAGAGCCAUUUGCUUUUUACCGGCCGCGUUUUUAUUUCUACUAUCUAUUCUAUUAUCCAUGAACACACUGUUAUUCUUUUUUAUCUAUCGAAGUUAUAACAAACAAACCGUAAAGGAAAUUUAAUUACUCAAAAUGAAUAAAUUUGUCUAGAUAGUAUGUUUCCGUUCUUCUGCAAAAUUUAAUUAUUCAAAAUGAAUGAAUUUGUCUAGAUAGUAGGUUUCUGUUCUGCAAAAAAAUGGUAGCUUAGUGUUUCAAGAGCUAAAAAGGAGUCUAAGCUUUUCAGUGUAGUUCAGUGU